AUGUCGUGGAGAUCCCUGACCCUGUGGUGGGUGCCGCCGGCGUCCAGUUUCAGGGAGCAGUUCAUCGAGGUGAGGAGGAACGACAGGAUCAUGUUCCAGCACAACUGCAGCUCGCCGCUGCUCUUCUACUUCUUCACGCUCGCCGUGGAGGACGGCUACGUGGACUGGUCGGCCAACUGCGACCCCCCAGAUGUGGACUUGCCUGCGAGGAACGGCGGCUGGUCACAGUGGAGCCCCUGGUCCUGCAGUGUCAGCUGCGGGGGAGGGGUGGGCAGGCAGACCCGCACCUGUUCCAACCCUCGCCCCAACGUGCAUGGCAGGCCGUGCUCUGGGGUCGACUCACACACCGGCCCCUGCAACACCUUUCCUUGCGGUGACAUCUCCUCCGACACGGAGGAGCUGCUGCGACACCGGCUGCGGACGAGGCACUACAGCCAGGAGGUGUGGGAGGGCGAUGCUGUAGUGCUGCCCUGCGACCCGGAGGGACUGGCCGCUGCUCGCAGGGAGGCACCACGUGCUCGAGUCAACUGGACCAAGGGUGCCGACUACCUGCAGUCCUCAGCCCGCGUGCGAGUGUCCAGCCGCGCCGUGGAGGUGCGCAGCGCUGAACCGCGGGACUCGGGGGUAUACGUGUGCCUGCUGCACCGCCCCACUGGCGUGCUCACGACACUGCGGGUCCACGGGCUGGCGGUACAGCCCCGCUCCAGCACAGCUGGAGCCCGCCAGACCCGCCUGCUCGUGCUGCGGUGUGGCGGCGAGGCGCUGGGGGCCGUGUACAGUGACCUGGAGCGGCGCUGGCUGCACGAGGGAGUGGUGUGGCGCGACCGCCGCGUGGCCGCCCUGCAGGCCGUUGAUGAACUGGUGAUACAGAGACUAAACAGCAGCCAUGCAGGUGAGUGGAAGUGCAUCAUGCUGCAGGAAGACCUGGGGUUUGUCUGGACCACAAGCUGGCACAGGGUGAGAGUCGACCCGGCGCCCACACUCCUGACCUAUCUGAUGGAGGACCCUCUAACGAGCCCACUGUUUGGACACCUGAGAUCAGAGACUGCGGUGCUGGUGUUCCUGAUUGUGUUUACCCUACUAGUGGUGAUCAUGGUGGCAGCACUAGUGUUCCUCUAUCUCAGGUAUGGAACUCUCCCAUGAUUUUACUGCAUUGUGUUUGCUGUCCAUGAUUCGGCCAGGAGGCUCCUUUCCAAGAAAACCAAGGGCAACAUAGUCCACCAUCAAGGAAUGCAUGUUAUUCUAAUUAUUUUUUUGGGAAUUUACACUGUAAAACAUCAUCAAUAAAAACCAAUCAAAAUAAAA